UAUAUUGUUUGAGACCCCUCGUAGAAAGAGCUCUUUGAUCUAUUGCUUAUUUUUUCUGUUUUGUUUUUCAAUUUGAGAGCUGUCGGUUGUGGAAGUUCAUGACGUGAGUUGUGUACAUUACAUUCAAUACCAGUAUUGUGCGCGGCGCUGUGAGGAGAAUCUUUCAUUUCGAGCUUAGUUUGGGGAUCAAUUAGUAAUGGCAGGAGUUGCUGUGCAAGCGAGUUCGCGGGGUUCAUCGCUCAUCGCUAUCAUCGCCGAUGAGGAUACAGUGACUGGAUUUUUGCUAGCUGGAGUUGGCAAUGUGGAUCUACGACGGAAAACCAACUAUCUAGUAGUGGACAAUAAGACCACGGUUAAGCAAAUCGAGGACUCGUUUAAGGAAUUCACAACUCGUGAAGAUGUUGCGAUUGUUCUCAUAAGUCAAUAUAUUGCCAACAUGAUUCGCUUCAUGAUUGAUAGUUAUUCAAAACCACUUCCAGCGAUCCUUGAAAUCCCAUCCAAAGAUCAUCCCUAUGACCCAAGUCAAGAUUCAAUCUUGUCACGCGUGAAGCACAUGUUUUCAAGCGAUCCUGCUGGUCCUAGUGACCGGAAAUGAGUUUCAGGUUUAGGAGGUUCGCAUAUUCUGUCAGUUUCUAUAGUAUUCCCUUUUGGUAGGUAGACAGUGGUGAUUUAACCAAUAGAAUAACAAGAGAAACGUUCUGUUCUAGAAUGAUUUGGUUCAUCUUCAGAACUGCUUUCUUUAGCAUGGACAGUUGUUCCUUACGCAUAUUUCUUGCUUCUGUGCUUAUGUUUUGACAUUUUCACCAUUAUUCAGUUGACUUUUUGGGUUUUUGAUGAAAGGGGGAAGAAGAAACAGCUUUCAAAGACCUUAUUUUAUAAUCAACACCUUGGUUCUUAA